GAAACUGGCUAUGUUGUCUUUGAAUGGCGGGGUUCUCUUUGGAGCUUUGAGAUCCACCAGGCGGCGGUCACGGUGACAGGGAUACUCCUACCCCAUGCAGCUCAACUGCCUAUGGCAUGCCAAGGGUCCAUCGAGGGCAGUGCCAGUGCUCCAACUCCAACUUCACCUCGCCAUCCUCAUCUUGCCCAGUUUCCGUCAGCUUCAGUCGAGCGAGCCCCAGCCGGCACCUCGUGCGACGGACGGCCUGCGAAUUAGACUUCCAACAUGUGACAUUUCUCUGACGCUCUGCAGCCAGAAUGUCUCGCCCACAACCACCACCACCAAGCUCAGGACCGCCGCCGCCUCCAUCCGUCGCUCGCCCUCCCGUUCGACCAGUCGACUCGUCAGAAAGCGAUGCCUCCUCUUUCUCCGGACCCGGUAUCACGAUUGCGAAAACGCGCCAUCAGAAUCAGCAGCCCGAGUCCCCUGGGACGCCGAUAUACUCCCAGUUCGCCAACAGUGUCUCUCCCCCAACAUUGACGCACCAAACAAGCAACUUCUCUCGACCGGCACGCGGCGCCCCAUCUUCUACGCAAAGUCCUUUGGGCGGUAUGAAGAAUCAUGCGAGGAAACAUUCAGCGACGCCCGGCCUCUUCGAGCCGUCGCUGCCAUCAACCAGCACCUCGAAUCUGGGUCAUCUGGGGAUGAGCAUGUCGACGGCCGCAGCCAGUUCGGCGACGUCUGUGCUGUCCGCCAGUCAGAUUGCGGCGCAGGCCGCGGUCAUGUCACAUCAGAAUAGUCAGCAGCACGCGCGGCAACGUUCCCAAACCGUGCCCCAUCCCAACGACGGCCCUGAUGGGCCAAGACGAGGCAGUGGGAGUAAAGGACCUGUCAGUCCGCCCAUGCUCAGCCUGACGGAGGCCAGCGCGCCACGAGAUGCCGCGCUUGGAGCGCAUCAUUAUCAGCAAGGCAGACUAGCAUCCGGGAGUGCGCACUCCAGCGCUGCCACCGCUGCUGCGAAUGUGGUGUUUCCCCGGUCGGGACACAAUUCGCCCAGUCCGGGUCUGGCUGCGUCGCAGAUGCCGCCUCCCCCGAUACCACCACCCGCGUCAGACAAGCCUAGCAAGUCGGAAAAGGCGAGGGCAAAGUUAUUCUCGCGGCCGAGCAAGAUCAGUACCAAGAGCGACACCAAGGAGAAGCCGCUGCCGAGCCCAGGGAAAAUUGGAUCGGCCCUCUCGGCCUUGCAGCGUGGAAACUUCAGUACUACAAGCCUUGUCGAACCAAACAACCAGGCCUUGUACAGCCAUAGCAACUCUUCUGCCGCCACCAUUCGACCAAAUGACGCGCUUACAGAGGACAAGGGCAAGGAGAAGGAGAAGAAGCAUCACUUCUUAUCGCGCCAAAAGCACAAGCUCAAGGAUGAGUUUCACUUGCCACUCUCUUCAGUCGCGAGCAACUCAGUCCCUACCGAUCCGAAUGCGCCUAAACCGCUGUACAACUUCAAUCUACCUCCGAGCCCCGGCGUCGGCUCAAGUAACUUUGUCAAAGCCAAGAAGGAGAAGAAGCUCGCAGAACGUUCCGAAAGUCGUCUAGGACAUGGCGAUGAAGCAGCAGACUACUGGUCAGCCACUGGAAGUGUGCCGAACCUAUCGCAACAGUCUACCAUGUACGACCCAAUAGAUCCGGGGAAAUUGGGCUUGCAAAAUCAGAUGACACUGGACGACGCAUGGCCGUACCUCAAAGCGAAGUUGCUCGUCAUCUUCGAGGGCGAGGACUUGAGGCUGCCUGUGGAAGACUUCAACAGGGUCGUGCAAAUGCACAUUCAGUACUGCAUACAUCGCAGGUCCCCAAACAGCAUGCUCGAGGACUUGCGAGAUCUUCUCUCGGUGGGUUUCUCGUCACUGGAUCGUACGUUGCGCAAGACCUCGGAAGAGCGGUUCAUACCAACUCUUGUGGAGUUGUGGCUCUUCACCUUCACGUCCAUUCUGCCAUACAUGCAGUCCGUUUUCCUUCCACUCGAUCUUGAAGUGUCGGGCGGCGGUACGAUCAUGAACCGUGAUCAGGCUCUCGACUUCUGGGGAGGGGUCGUAGCGAGACCGUCGUCCGCGGAUGGACCAGCUCGCGUCGCGCCAGCCGCUACAGUUCUCGACGUGCGGCGCCUUGUCCUGAUUGCCUACCGGGACACCAUCAUAUUGCCUCGCUAUGACAAGCUCAAAACAAUCUUCUCCCGCUUGUCACUUGAGUUUCUCCCGUCAUCCUUCAACACAACAUAUGGCUCUCCGCCGGACGCCAGUCUAUCAACAUCGCCACCUGAAUCUUUUCUCUCAAUGGCGCGUCCGGGAACAGCAAUGUCUCUCGACCUGUCCAACGCCUCCUACAACUCAAGUUCGACGACGCUGUUUGGCGAAAGCUCAGUGGGGUCUGCAGGUGGCCGCAGUCGAGCGAUCAGCAAUGUCUCCUUCGGUAGCCAUGGUAGUGAGGGUGGAUUGCGGCCGUUUACGCCAUCAGGGGUGCAGGUCCUGGGCAGCGUGAGGGAGCAAAACGUCGAGGACUCGAAGCAAGUUACGGAGAUGGUUGGACGCAUGCUGCAGUGCAUGAGUGUCCUGGCAAGCUUGGGGGGUGUCGGUGGAGCAGACGACGAGGGCAACAAGAAGGUCAUUGAGCUCUGCAAGAUGCUCAAGCUGAACUGGCUCGGCAGGGGAAGGACAGGGAGAAACAGGAUGGGCAUUGUGGGCGGCAGAGUCAAGCGCGAAGGGGCACGGGAAGAAGUACGGGUCUCAUGAUAUGUGUACAACAUGUUCACCAACAGGCGUUCACUAGGCAGCGUGU